AAGCACCGAGGAGGCCCCAGCUCCCAAGGGGCUAAGAAGCUGGAGCAUUGGUGAGGGGGGGAGGAGCUGAGCCACACUCUUAAAAGACCCCUUCCCCUCAAGGAAGCAUGAACAAGAAAGACAGCAAGAGGGGCCAUGGUGGCUGGGUCCAUAGCCUAGGCAGCUCCUUCUGCCUCCCCCAGCAUGUCUUUGAUAGGCAAAGUGUCCCCUCCCUAUAAUCUCCAGGAGUUUACUGGUGGAGACCUGGCUGCCUCAUUUUCUGGCUGUGUGACCUUAGGAGAAGCCUCCCAUGAUCUGCACUACUCCUGGGGUUUUCUCCUAUGGAACCACGGGAAUGUGUCCACAGGAAGUCCUACCAGGAAUGCCCGGGGAAGACAGGGGGCCGGGGCCGGCCCCGACAGGCCCGCCGCCACAAGACGUGCCCCAGCCCCCGGGAAAUCAGCAAGGUCAUGGCUUCCAUGGCUCUGGGUAUGCUGAAUGAGGGUGGCUGCAGCGAAGAUGACCUGCUGGAGAAAUGCAUUCAGUCUUUCGACCCGGCUGGCAGCCUGCGCCGUGGAGACCACAUUCUCAACAUGGUACUUGCCAUGCACAACUGGGUGCUGCCUUCUGCCCACCUUGCUGCCCGUCUGCUGACCUUGUACCAGGAGGCCACAGGGAGCACACAGGAGCUGAGGAGGCUGCAGAUCUGUCACCUGGUCAGGUACUGGCUGACCCAACACCCUGAGACAGUGCAUCAGGAGCCCCAGUUAGAAGAGGUUAUAGGUCGCUUCUGGGCCACUGUGGAACAGGAGGGUAACGCAACCCAGCGGAGGCUGGGAGACUCCGCGAACCUGCUGAGCCCUGGUGGCCCUGGCCCCCCUCCCCCCAUAAGCAGCCCAGGCCUGGGCAAAAAGCGCAAAGUGUCCUUGCUUUUCGACCACCUGGAGACCGAGGAGCUGGCAGAGCACCUCACUUACCUGGAGUUCCGGUCCUUCCAGGCUAUCACGCCCCAGGACCUGCGGGGCUACGUUUUGCAGGGCUCCGUGCGGGGCUGCCCGGCCCUGGAGGGAUCCGUAGGUCUCAGCAACAGCGUGUCCCGCUGGGUGCAGGUCAUGGUGCUGAGCCGCCCCGGGCCUGCACAGCGCGGGCAGGUGCUGGACAAGUUCAUCCACGUGGCACAGAGGCUCCUCCAGCUGCAGAAUUUCAACACGCUGAUGGCAGUCACUGGAGGCCUGUGUCAUAGCGCCAUCUCCAGACUCAAGGACUCCCACACCCACCUGAGCCCUGACAGCACCAAGGCCCUGCUGGAGCUGACUGAGCUCCUUGCUGCCCACAACAACUACGCCUGUUACCGCCGCACCUGGGCUGGCUGCACCGGCUUCCGGCUGCCUGUACUGGGUGUGCAUCUCAAGGAUCUGGUGUCCCUGCACGAGGCACAGCCUGACAGGUUGCCUGACGGCCGCCUGCACCUACCCAAGCUCAACAGCCUCUACCUGCGGCUGCAGGAGCUGGCAGCCCUCCAGAGGCAAGACCCCCCCUGCAGUGCCAAGGAGGACCUACUGCAUCUGCUCACGCUUUCCCUGGAUCUCUUCUACACGGAGGAUGAGAUCUAUGAGCUUUCUUAUGCCCGGGAGCCCCGCUGUCCCAAGAGUCUGCCACCCUCCCCCUUCCAGGUGCCCCUGGUGGUGCAGUGGGCCCCUGGCGUGAUGCCCAAGCCCGACAGGGUCACGCUGGGUCGGCACGUGGAGCAGCUGGUGGAGUCUGUGUUCAAGAACUAUGACCCCGAAGGCCGAGGCACCAUCUCUCAGGAGGACUUUGAGCGACUCUCAGGCAACUUCCCGUUCGCCUGCCACGGGCUUCACCCACCCCCCCGCCAGGGGAGUGGCUCCUUCAGCCGAGAGGAGCUGACAGGGUACCUGCUCCAGGCCAGCGCCAUCUGCUCCAAGCUGGGCCUGACCUUCCUGCACACCUUCCAGGAGGUCACCUUCCGCAAGCCCACCUUCUGUGGCAUCUGCAGCGGCUUCCUUUGGGGUGUCACCAAGCAAGGCUACCGCUGUCGGGACUGUGGGCUGUGUUGCCACAAACACUGCAGAGACCAAGUGAAGGUGGAGUGUAAGAAGAGGCCAGGGGCCAAGGGCGACGUGAGCCCCCCAGAAGCCCCUGUCCCACCCACACCAGUUCCCCAUGCCGGCUGUGGCUCUGAGGACAAUCUCUCCUACACGCUAUCCCUGGAACCUGAGACUGGGUGGCACGUUUGCCAUGCUUGGACCCAGACAGAACCCUCACAUCCCUCCUGGGAACCAGAGACGGUCCCUCUGCCAGCGACGGCCCCAUCACCCACCCAGUCCUCCAAGCUGAGUUCCUAGACGUUGCCUUGGUCUGCUCUCUCCCCACUCCCUCCACCAGAGUCAGUCUCGAGUCCUAUUAUUCGGCCUCCAGGCCUCCAGCAGAACCCCCUAAAGGCAUCGCCUCCUUCCCAUCCACACUGCCUUUGUUGAAGCAUCCGACAUCUCUUACUCCGAAAGAAAGUUACUUUCUUCUUUUGCAUCA